AUCGCUGUGCCCAUCGUCGACUUCGGCUCUUCGUCGUCGCCUCCGACAUGCCGUCGUCGUCUUUGUCGUCAUCAUCGGCCGCGAGGAGCGCGAAGUGAUGCAGCAUCAAAGGUUCGACUCGCCCGCCCGCGAGUCUCUCUUCGUCGUCAAGCCGGCCGACACUCGGACAUCGUCGCGUAGAUAUGGUGACCGAGAGUGACUGCAGCGGCGACCUGCAGCUAUGGGUGCAUUGCUCGCGAGCCGUGCUCGUGCUCAAUGGAUCCAUGAGUUGCCGGGGUUCGCUGCAGUCGUCUUGGACAUGAACGUCGCCGCCACGCAAGCCGAGCAAGGCGUGCAACGGGUGGAGGAUGCUGCAUCGCGCAAGCGGCGCAGGCUCAACCUCACCGUCCACUUCGAGCUCUCCGCCGCCAAGCUGACUCGCCGGAGGUCGUCGCGGAGUGGACACACGUCGAGGUGUACGAUGUUGAGCGCGUGUCAAGUCGAGGUGGUUCUACACACAAGCGUGUGUCACGCCCAAGACUUGACCUGUGACCGUCGCGAUCAUCUCGCAGUGCUUCACUCCGCCAUGCAAGCCGGUCGAGAGCAGCGAGGAGAGGAAGACGCGACGUCGCUGACGCGCCGAAUACGACGACAACGAGCGCUCUUCGACCGCCGAGCCGUCUGCUUCAGGACGUCAGUUUGCGCUGCUUGUCUGCGAUGGCUGCAUCUCGACAGAGACGAACGAGCACGAGCCGAGACCGUGUUCGCCUCAUCUCUGUCGGGUUGUAGCUCAUUGCAGACCUCUCGGGCAAGCUCAUCGCCGUCAAGCAGGCCGACUGCCAGCAACACAAGACCGGCUCCUCGACGUCGCUGCGCCUGUACGAGAGCCACUAGACGCAUGCGGCCGUCGAACUUUGGUGCAGACUCGGUAGACCAGCGCUUGGCCGCCUAGCAGUCACGUUUUCACGUGGCUGCUGAGCGCCCAGCCGUUGCUUCUUCCGGUUCUGAGCCACUCUUCGUCGGUGUCAUGCGUGGAGCGGCCGCUGUGGACAGGCGCUGCUACGAUCGCCUUCAUCGAGUCCUCGCUCAUCGACUCGACGCUGUGCAUCGCUCUGGAGCUCGCUAUCGCCCGGCGCUGCUCCGGCUGAGAUUGACUUCGUCCUCCCAUUCGAGGACCACGCAAGCGUCGCCACGUCGGCGUUUGCUUUUUCCUCGGGAUGAGAGUUUGUCUUCAAUCUCCGCCGGCGCGACGCCA